AUGCCACGCCGUGGCUCGUCUCCGCUGACACUGGACGUUGUAGAGCUUCCGCCGUUUGCGGCCGCAAGCUGCCAGGCCGGAAUCGAUCUUUCCUGGUCCUUGAUCUGCGAGAUUCCCUCGAUGCUCACGUCUUUUUCCUUCUCCUUGCUGAGAAUGUCUUUCAUGGACGGGAUGGAGGUGGCUGGAGGAAUGUUGAGAGCGGAAACGCUCCCGUUUUUGGACUCCGAUGGUGCAGAGCUGCUCUCGUUCGGCGGGGUAUGCAGCUGUGAAACGGUGUUCACGCCUGUGGACCGGAUGUCAAACUUGAUGUCCUGGAUCUGUUUCUCCAUCGACGACAGCUCUGCGUUCAAAGUAGCCUUUUGCCCGUCCAGAGUCUUGAGCAGCGUGGUUUUGAUGUUCUCGAUCUCCAGUUUCAGGUACUUGAGUGUCUCCUCGUUGUUCAGGUUCUUCUCGUUGGUCUUGCUGAUGAUCUCGUCGAUCUCGUGCAGCGUCUCGUCGAUCUUGCUCGACUUGGCCUUCUGCUCUUCAAAGAAUUCUUUUUGGUCAGCCUCAAACUUCUCCAGCAGACUCUCCACUCUUUGGAACUCCUGGUCGAUCGACGCCUUGUCCUGUUCCAGCAGAGUCUUGGAAGGCGGCAGGACCCUUGGCACCACAUACCGCUUGAUUAUCUGGUACAUGGCGUACGAAACACCUGCUGUUGCGGUAGCCAUGAUAAAAUAG